AUGACUUCCAAGCCGCAUUCCGACUGGAUUCCCUACAGUGUCUUAGAUGAUGAGGGCAGCAACCUGAGACAGCAGAAACUUGACCGGCAGCGGGCCCUGCUGGAGCAGAAGCAGAAGAAGAAGCGCCAGGAGCCGCUGAUGGUGCAGGCCAACGCCGACGGGCGGCCUCGAAGCCGGCGGGCCCGGCAGUCGGAGGAGCAGGCCCCCCUGGUAGAGUCCUACCUCAGCAGCAGUGGCAGCACCAGCUACCAAGUUCAAGAGACCGACCCACUUGCCAGUGUGCAGCUGGGAGCUGCCCGCCCAACAGCACCAGCCUCAGCCAAGAGAACCAAGGCAGCGGCCGCCGCAGGGGGCCAGGGCGGGGCCUCGAAGAAGGGGAAGAAGGGGAAGCACAAAGGCGCCGGCGGGCCAGCGGCUCUGGCAGAAGACGAGUCUGGGGCGCGAGGCCCAGUGCAGAUCCUGACUGUGGGCCGGUUGGACCACGCCCCGGACGCAGGGGCGACGGCAGCUGGUGGGGGCACACAGCCCAGCGGGCAGGACCUCCGUGCCACGAUGCAGAGGAAGGGCAUCUCCAGUAGCAUGAGCUUUGAUGAGGAAGAGGAGGAUGAGGACGAAUACAGCUCCAGUUCCUCCCAGCUAAACAGCAAUACCCGCCCCAGCUCCGCCACUAGCAAGAAGUCCAUCAGGGAGGCAGCCUCAGCCCUCAGCCCAACAGCCCCAGAGCCCUCGGCAGAAGUUGAGGUCCAGGAUCUCGAGGAGUUUGCACAGAGGCCAGCUCCCCAGGGCAUCACCAUCAAGUGCCGCAUCUCGAGGGACAAGAAGGGGAUGGACCGGGGGAUGUACCCCACCUACUUCCUGCACCUGGACCGAGAGGACGGGAAGAAGGUGUUCCUCCUGGCGGGAAGGAAGAGAAAGAAGAGUAAAACAUCCAAUUACCUCAUCUCUGUGGACCCUACAGACUUGUCUCGCGGCGGGGACAGCUACAUCGGGAAACUGCGAUCCAACCUCAUGGGCACUAAGUUCACCGUCUAUGACAAUGGAGUCAACCCCCAGAAGGCAUCCUCCUCUACGUUGGAAGGUGGGACCCUGCGUCAGGAGCUGGCUGCCGUGUGCUACGAGACUAACGUCUUAGGUUUUAAGGGACCGCGGAAGAUGACUGUGAUCGUCCCAGGCAUGAACAUGGUUCACGAGAGAGUCUGUAUCCGGCCCCGCAACGAGCAUGAGACGCUGCUAGCACGCUGGCAGAAUAAGAACACGGAGAGCAUCAUUGAGCUACAAAACAAGACACCUGUCUGGAACGAUGACACGCAGUCCUACGUACUCAACUUCCACGGGCGCGUCACGCAGGCCUCCGUGAAGAACUUCCAGAUCAUCCAUGGCAACGACCCGGACUACAUCGUGAUGCAGUUCGGCCGCGUGGCAGAGGACGUGUUCACCAUGGACUACAACUACCCGCUGUGUGCGCUGCAGGCCUUCUCCAUUGCCCUGUCCAGCUUCGACAGCAAGCUGGCCUGUGAAUAGAGGCCUCCUCAUGUCCGUCGGGGUUGCCCAGCCCGGAGCGGAGCUGCCUGCCUGCCCCCUGUACAUAGGCCUCCUGCCAGAUGAACCUGUGGCUCUCGGUGGGCCCCCUGGCCCAGCCGGCCGGGAACUGGCUCCGCUGCCUCCCCUGUUGAGGCAGAGAAGUGGGGUGUGUGUAAAGGGCCCACAGUGAAUUCUUUCUGUGCCCCAGGAUCCACACACACACCCAGUCUUGGGUUAGCGUCCUGCUGCAGUCGUGUUUGCCAAGCUGCGAAGGCAGGAAGAGGUGUAGAGAGAGAGGAAGCACAAUGCCGGGCUGCUGUGGCCCAGCCACCCACUCAACCCAGGAGUCGAUGACCACGGAUCCCGACAGGGAGGGGCACAGUGAGUGUGUGUGUGGAGGGCCGUCACCGUCACAUAGCAAAGGGCUUGGUAGCCGAGCCUGGCCCUUAACUGCAGAAAGUCCCCUGGCUUCAGCAGGCCUCAGCCAGGCCUGGGAGAGGUCACCAGGCAGGGGAAGGGUCAGUGGCGGGACGCUGUCAAGGUUGCAGGGGCCCGGCUGUGGGAACUGCCUGGUGGCCUCGGGUUCUAGCUCAUCUGAUUUCUCUAGGUUUUCUCUGUGCACAGAGGCGGCGGGAGGCCAGCCCUCAAGGCCAGCUGUCUUAGAGGAUGGGGCCUGCAGGACACAGGCUCAGCGUACGGGAGGUGCAUGGAACAGGCGUCCUGGGCCAGGCUGUCCUGGGAGCCCUGCCAGCUACCCAGGAGCUCUCUGCCCAGCAGCCUCUGUACAGGAAGCGGACAGCCUAGGUCACCAGCCCCGGACUCCACACAGGUAGGCGUGCCCGGGCCGGGGCUGGUGAGCUCCAGGUGCUCUGCCUGGGCUUCAGCUCCUGCUGCAGUGAGCUGAGGUCGUGGCUGCUGAGGGCCGCCCUGCGUGGUCCUCGGGAGGAUGGGACAGGCUGAGGAGGGCAGGGAGUGCUGCAGAAUCACUAGAGAGGAGAGGUCGCAGGACCCUUAGAGAUCAACUAGUACAACUCUGCCACCACAGGCAAAUCCCCCCAAAAAUGGUACUUGCCUGGCGAGUGGCCAAGUCAGAGCUUCAGCUCCCUGGAUUUCUGUGUUCCCACCAUCCCCCCCAGAAACCGUUAUCUAUGGCUUUUGGGCCUUCCCAGGGCCCAGUGCGGAUGCUCUCGCCCCAGAUGAGAUGGUGCGUGUUUGGGGUGGGGUGGCUAUAGACUGAAAUGGAAACUAUUCUAGUGGAUUGGCAGUU